AUGGCCAAUCCACCCGAGCGCUAUAACCGGGAGGAAGAUGAGGAGGAUGAGGAGGAGACGCUUGACGAGACCGGCUACAAGACGGUCAAGGACGCGGUGCUCUUCGCCAUCGAUGUGAGCCAUUCGAUGCUGAAGACGCCUCCUCAAUCAGACUCGAAGAAAGCCGACCGCGAUUCUCCUACGUCCGCGGCCUUGAAAUGCGCCUACCAACUCAUGCAGCAGCGCAUCAUCUCGCACCCAAACGACAUGAUGGGUGUCUUGCUCUUCGGCACCGAACAGUCAAGAUUCCAGGAUGAGACUUCAGGCGCCCGCGGAGCCCUGCAAUAUCCGCACUGCUAUCUCCUGACCCAUCUCGACGUCCCGGCUGCUGGCGAUGUGAAGCGCUUGCGCAACCUCGUAGAGGACGAGGACGAGGCCAGCAAAUUGCUCGUGCCGUCCGAGGAGCCCGUGUCCAUGGCCAAUGUGCUCUUUUGUGCGAACCAGAUAUUCACCACAAAAGCGCCCAAUCUCACCUCAAGGCGACUGUUCCUUGUCACAGAUAACGACAACCCGCAUCCCGACAGUAAGAGCCUCAGGCAAGCUGCAGCCGUGCGUGCAAAGGAUCUGUACGAUCUCGGAGUCAUAAUCGAGCUCUUUCCCAUCGCACAUCCAGAUCAUGGCUUCGACCGGGCAAAGUUCUACGAUGACAUUGUCUACCGUCAAUCUCUUACCGAUCCCGAGGCUCCCGCACCAAUCACCGAAGUCGCUCAGACCGCUGAAAGGGGCGACGGCAUCAGCCUUCUCCAGUCGCUCAUCUCGAGCAUCAAUUCCAAAGCCGCUCCGCGCCGUGCCCUGUUCUCCCUACCCUUCGAGAUCGGCCCAGGAUUGAAGAUUGGCGUCAAGGGAUACAUUCUGAUCAAGCGCCAGGACAAGGUUCGAAGCUGCUAUGUCUGGAUGAACGGCGAGAAACCGCAGAUAGCCGUUGGCUCAUCAACCAAGAUUGCCGAGGACACAGCACGUGAGGUUCAGAAGACCGAGAUAAGGAAAGCGUACAAAUUCGGCGGGGAGACUGUUUCGUUUACCGAGGACGAGACCAAGGCUAUUCGCUAUUUUGGUGACCCCGUCAUCCGCAUCAUUGGCUUCAAGCCUCUAUCCAUGCUCCCGGAGUGGGCCAACAUGCGCUCUCCGAUGUUCAUUUACCCUACCGAGGCUGACUUUGUCGGCUCCACGCGCGUGUUUUCUGCAUUGCAUCAGAACAUGCUACAGAAGGGAAAGAUGGCUAUAGUAUGGUUCGUCCCGCGUCGGAACGCCGUUCCUACCCUCGCAGCUGUCCUUCCCGGCCAGGAAAAGCUUGGUGAACGCAACGAACAGGUCAGACCACCCGGUCUGUGGGUCAUCCCGUUGCCCUUUGUCGACGACAUUCGUGAGAACCCAGAGACGCCCCUGGUCAGGGCAUCUGACAAUCUGACGGACAUUAUGCGCGAGAUCGUUCAGAACUUGACCCUUCCAAAAGGCGAGUAUGAACCCAGCAGGUAUCCAAAUCCGGCGCUUCAAUGGUUCUACCGCAUCCUUCAGGCCAUUGCUUUAGAAGAUGAACUCCCUGAGAAGCCUGAGGAUAAGACCGUCCCCAAAUAUCGGCAGAUCGACAAGCGGGUCGGCGACAAGGUCACCGAGUGGGGCCAGGCCUUGGAAGAGGAAUUCCGCAACUGGGCUCAAUCAUCCAGGAAACGUCAACCGGAAGUAGAGUCGAAGCCAUUGCCCAAGAGGCAGAAGACCGAGUCUGGAGCCGUACCGUCGAAGACAUCGGACACGAUGAGUGACGCCGAAAUGAAGUCGCGGUAUGCAAAUGGGACCAUCUCAAAGCUCACGGUGCCGGUCCUGAAAGACUGGGCGCACAGCAGACACAUUUCUGUGGCGGGUAAAAAAGCUGAUGUUGUGGAGAGGAUAGAGGAGUAUUUUGAGAAUAAGUGA